GUGCAGUGUAAAGUUGUGAAAGACUACCUUAGUCGUUAUGAAUAAAACAUUUGCUAUGCGCUUGGUCCUAGAGAUCCUUUCAAACAUGUUAAUAAUGUUACGUACUGACAGAGUGAUGUCAUCGUUGGGACCCUGUGUGAGGCCGUUAACCCCAGCAGCUUCAUGGACACUCACCUUCUUGUUUGAUCCUCACCUGUAUGGCCUUUUGUGAAGAGAGCUAAUGGAAAAUUCUUUAUUUAUUAAAACAGCUUCAACGUGUGCUCUGAAAAGUUCUAGGGAUUUCAAUACAUCAGAUGUGGACUGAUUGGAGACUCGAGUACUUGCAUAUUUGGUGUAAUACCGCGGUUGUCUGGAAGAUGGCGAUCGAGUUUUAAAAACGCAGACAAUGGGGAAAAGCUGGACAGCGCGUUUCGGGUGGAUUACGUGAUUGCUAAUAACUAGAAUCUCAGCCUUCGGACAAAACUCCUUGUAUUAACAUUGUUAUAAUAUAGGACCACAAUGAAUUUCCUUUUCAGCUUCAUAAGGUUAAAGGGGCUAUUUUUUAACAAUGCAGUUCAUGUUAAACAAUGAACCUGUAUUUUGCAUUAUAAGUCUUUUAUCGUUAUUGCUGGGGUUUUGGUGGGCUGGAAAAGAUUGCUAGCCAGUGAACUGUGACUUCUUAAGUGUUUUUUCACAGUUAAAAUCGAGGGAUGAAGCAAAAAAACACAACUGAAGAUAUCCGACAAUUGAUCGUUAAGGGCGCGGGAUGGGCGUUUCAUACGCACCACCAACCUGACAUCACAAUGGGCUGCGCUGCAUGGGACCAGGGUACCUCCUCCAUUCCGAGCAGACGGCAUUUAGACUCUGGCACAUUCUCAUUUAGCGUGACAAGCAGAGGAGGAUUAAAGGGGGUUAACGAAAAAAGAAAAGGCUUACAGGACAAGAAUUAGCAGAGGACGCCACAUACCGGAGUCAGUGCUCAACGAAUAUCUCAGACAUCCAACUCCUGCGCACAUGCUGCGGAGUAGUCACAGACUUCAUAAAUUUUUUGUUAAAUAACCGCGUUAAGCUGUAUUUGCUAUUCGAAUAGCAGAAUAUACAUAUAUAUAUAUAUAUAUCUCCGUUCGAUCGUUUGCCAACAUGUCUAGGAUGAGAAGGAUGGAAGUUGGGAUGCAGGCGCCGCAGCACGCUCUUGCCGGCAGGAUGAGGCGCUCCGAAGGCUCUCCGCUGACAAGUGUAGAAUGAAGGUGUCCGCGACACGCCAAGCGCAGACAUGUCCGUGCCUUUGCUCAAGAUUGGGGUUGUGCUUAGCACCAUGGCUAUGAUCACAAACUGGAUGUCCCAGACGCUGCCCUCCUUGGUGGGGCUAAACACCACCAAGCUGAUGGCGGCACCAGGAGGGAUCCCAGAUCGUAGUAUCGGAGUACUGCCGACUAACCCCGAGGAGUCGUGGCAGGUGUACAGCUCAGCACAGGACAGCGAGGGCCGGUGUAUCUGCACCGUGGUGGCACCACAGCAGGCGAUGUGCUCGCGAGACGCCAGGACCAAACAGCUGCGGCAGCUGCUGGAGAAAGUGCAGAACAUGACACAAUCCAUCCAGGUUCUGGACAAGCGGACACAGAGGGAUCUGCAGUAUGUAGAGAAGAUGGAGAUCCAGUUGCGUGGCUUGGAGACCAAAUUCCAGCAGGUGGAGGAGAGCCACAGGCAGAACAUUGCCAAGCAAUACAAGGCAAUAAAAGCGAAAAUGGAGGAACUUAGGCCAUUGAUACCAGUGUUGGAGGAGUACAAAGCCGAUGCAAAAUUGGUAUUGCAGUUUAAGGAGGAAGUCCAGAAUCUGACGUCAGUUCUAAACCAACUUCAGGAAGAAAUGGGAGCCUAUGACUACAAGGAGCUACAAAACAGAGUGUCAAAUCUCGAGGACAGGCUCCGAGCAUGCAUGCAAAAAUUAGCUUGUGGGAAGUUAACAGGAAUAAGCGAACCUAUCACAAUUAAAACAUCUGGAUCGAGGUUCGGUUCCUGGAUGACUGACCCCUUGGCGCCUGAGGGAGAUACCAGGGUGUGGUACAUGGACGGCUACCACAACAACCGCUUUGUGCGGGAAUACAGGUCCUUUCAAGAUUUUAUGACCGGCGAUAAUUUCACCUCCCACCGCCUCCCUCACCCUUGGUCUGGUACAGGCCAGGUGGUCUACAAUGGCUCCAUCUACUUCAACAAGUUCCAAAGUCAUAUCAUUAUCAAGUUCGACUUCAAGACCUCCAUGAUGAGCAAGUCCCGCCCCCUGGAAUAUGCCGGUUUCAAUAACAUGUACCACUAUGCAUGGGGCGGCCACUCAGAUAUCGACUUAAUGGUGGAUGAGGGAGGCUUGUGGGCCGUGUAUGCCACCAAUCAGAAUGCUGGGAACAUCGUCAUCAGCAAGCUGAACCCCAACACGCUACAGAUUAUUAAAAGCUGGAGCACUGAUCACCCAAAAAGGAGCGCUGGUGAGGCCUUCAUGAUCUGUGGGACACUGUACGUCACCAAUGGAUAUGCCGGGGGGACCAAAGUCUACUAUGCCUUCAAUACAAACUCCUCCACCUAUGAGUAUAUCGACAUAGCUUUACAGAACAAAUACUCCCACAUCUCAAUGCUGGACUACAACCCCAGGGACAGGGCCCUGUAUGCAUGGAACAAUGGCCAUCAGGUACUAUAUAACGUCACUCUGUACCACGUCAUCCGUUCCGAAGAGCUGUAAGAGCAGACGUCAAACACGAUGGCACCUGAAGCUCAUAGUGGAUGACUGCCAUAAUGAAGUAACCCAGAAAAUAUCUGUUUGCAAAAAAAAAAAAACAAAGAUGUGUUAAAGGGACUGUUGCUAAAAGGUCAGAUAUACCAGUUUUGAAAACAAAUUCAACCACAUGAGGAACUUGUGGUGAAAUUGGUAUCUGGCAUCAAAAGAAAACCUUGAUAAUGAACUGGAAAUCGGUAUACAGAUUAGCGGAGAACCAUGUGAACUGUAUGAGCAGAACCAAGGUUCAUAGGACUACUGAAUCUGUACAUCAGUACCGAAUCCAUUCAUAUCAUUUCUAACAAUAAAACGAAGAAAAAAAAGAAAAUUAUGAUGGAAAUGGCCUGCGUUAGAUGCUUGUUUUGUGGCUGUAAUAUGGAUUUAUGGAUUUAUGGAUUUUUUCUUAUUGCAUGGGAAAUUUAUAUGAUCAUAACCCUAUUGUUCUUGAUAUUUCUACUGUAUGAUGUGGUUAAGCUACAGGGUUAGUUUCAGGACCAGUGGGGUUAACAUAUAUGAACAUGGUCAUUCUUAGUUUUUAAUAUAAUACUGACAUAACCAUCUGCACAGGGAAUUAAUGAUGCAUCCUAUCUGUGUUCAGUCAGAUUAUGCAGAAAGGACCUGUUUGGGUCACACAUCCAUUCAGCCUUCAGUAAUGGAGACUUCACAAGACUUUUCUGUAGAAUAGUAAUCUACCUUUCCGUAUCUCCAUACAGAAGUGGCCUGCAUCUCCAUUUGUAUUUGGAAAUGUCUUGUAUGUGAAAUGAAGUAAUUCAGUUCAGGUUCUGAAUGUACCUUUUCAAGUUAUAUUGAAUUCAAUCUAUCUGCUGGAAAUAGGCCUUUUUUAAUGCAUACAUUAUACACGCUGAUAUUCAACUCUAUAGUCAUCUAAUCGUUUCACUACAAGCAAUCGUAUUGUUUUUGGGUAUGUGUAGACUAACAUUCUUCACUGGGUAGUGGAUUUUGUAAUUUAACAAUAUCCUUUAUUAAUUAUCCCAUAACUAUUUUCUGGAAUGCAUGUUAACUGGCAAACAAAUUUAUUCUAGGGAAGUAUAUGUGACACGUUAUUAAAGGCUGACCCUAGCUUAAAUUCCCUUACACACAUAAGAUAAACCCCAAUUUAAAUUAUUUAAAUUUCUUUAAAAUUUUAUUUAAUACGUACACAUGCUGCGCCAAAGCAGUUCAGAAAUUUAAACACUUAAUAAAUAUUAAUGAUGCAAUUAACUUAUUCAGGACCUUACUGGACCUGCAUGAUCUAAUGCCAUUACAAAUCAGAGCAGGCAUGUUGGGCCAGCUCUCAAUAAUUCAUAGAAAAUUAAACUAUGGAUUUAAGUAUAGUGCUUCUGCUACAUGAAAAUAGCCUUGCAUUACUGUUCCCAAGAUCAAUAGACUUGGCGCAUCAUAUUAAAUAAAAUUUUUCUUGGACAUCCAGUAGAUAGGAGAAUAAUUUUGUCAAAAGUAACAAGAUUCAGGGACAGUAACUUUAUGUUUUACGUUUACAUUGGCAAGUUUAUGUCAUCCUUCAUUAACAUUGCCUUAUUUCAGAAAGAUUUGCGGCAAAAUUGCACUUGUGUGAUGACAUCUCCAAUGUUCAUUUUAAAGUAAAGUGAAGGGCCAUUCAGAGUUCCUCUCAAAAUUGAUUAUUUGUCCAUAAGUAGGAUCAAUUAUUCAUUAAUUUAUGCAUUGGAUAAGAUCCAGAUUACAAUGAAGAUUUGUCUACUAGUCUGUCUGCAGCAGUAUUGUAUACAUUCUCUGUUAAUGGCAUUUAAUCUCAGUGGACAUAAUGACUGACCAAUAACACAGUAUACAUAUAUUCAUCACACAUAUACACUGCAUUUGUAUAUACAUUGCAUUAAAUACCUUUUGAAUAAUUAAAGAAUAUGAAAAUGUACUGUUAGAACCAGGUGGUCUUAAUGUUUGUUUUAAUAUCCAGCAUAUCAGUCUAAGUAGCAUCUAAUACCUUUAAUUUUAUUGUCCGUCAUAGUUAAUGUGUUACUGAGAGUAUAACUGCCAAAUGAUUGGAAUUAUACUCGUUAUGUUCAGGUACAUGGAAUACAUCCCUAGAAUCAGCAAACUUGGCCCCAGACUCGGGGUGGGGGGGGCGAACAGCCCUGUUGGCUCCAUUUAUAAAUGACCCCCUCAACCAUGCACAGUUUGGAGAUGGAUGGUUUUUAGUUAAACAGCCUGAUGGAAUAAAACACAAAAUACUUUAUGUUCCUUUAGUUCCAAGAUAUGGCUACUUAAUACAACAAAGCUAUUUCAGUUCUAAAAUAUGUAAAUACCAUAAUGAUUUAGAAGGCACAAUAGUAUGAAAAGAGUAAUGAAAGUAUUUGCAAUAAUGUGCAAAUAUCCAUGCAUAUUUUUUCACAGACUGUUAUGUGUGUGAUUUUUGUUAUUUACUGCUCAGUCUUGAUUAGACAUUGAUCUUUAUCUGUCAGGGUGGAAGGUUUGUAUUGUUCUAGUUUGGUAAUUACAUGGAAAUAUUGAGACUUUCCUAUCAAAGUACUAUUAGUUUUGUAACUAACUGGUUUUAGACUUGAUGGGGAGAAAAGAAAAGUAGCCCAGCAAUGUAAAUAGUUCACACUUUACAUUAUAUGUGAGCUGUUUUAAUUACUGUGCAUCAUAUCCCAACUGGGUGACACAAAUUUUUCUUUCGAUAAUUAAAAAAAUAAUGAAGUGAAUUUGAAAAGAUGGAAGAAGGUCCAUGGCCCAUGUUGACAAAAAACUGUUACCACAUGUAAUUAAAUUAUGGGUUUCAUGGACUCACAAUAUUCUGUAUUCAUGGGCUCCAGAACAGUAUUCUGUAGUUUUCCAGGCAGUUUAGUUUUCACACGGAUUUAUUGGAACAGAUGUGAGUCGUCCAGAAUUACACAUAUCUAUACAUUUUAAAAAUAUUUUUGCUUGGUAUUAUUGUUGAAAAGUAGUGUUGUUAAAUGUCUGUAAUUAUUAGAAAUACAAUAGAGCAUCCGGGUAGCAUGGCUGAGAAAAAUAUUGAUUUUUUGUUUAUUUAAUAUGUGUUACUUUUAUGUAGUUAUUUUUAUUGGUUUAUUGCACAGAAUUUAAGAAACAAUAAACAUAAAUAUAUGCACCAUAAA